CUUCUGCUACCCACUGUUAGCCGAAAUCUUGUUUUAAAGGACGUUCGGGUAGUUUGUUAUUUCCUUUCAGUGCGUGGACGUUUGUCCUUCAACUUGUCCAAAGUUGGAAAGCAAAUAUAAAUUUUCAAAGUAUGGCUGAGAAUCGGAAAAAGGUUGAAGCUGUGCUAAAAGAAUUUAUACUAUCUAAUGAUGCACUUCUUAAAGUUUCUGCUCUCUUAUUGCAAGAAUUUAAUAACGGUUUAGGUGCAAAUACGCACCAAACUGCAACUGUUAAGAUGUUCCCUACCUUUGUCAGAGAUGUGCCAGAUGGUAGUGAAAAGGGAAAAUUCCUUGCGCUGGAUUUAGGUGGAACUAAUUUUAGAGUCCUGUCUAUUGAUUUGGAUGGAGACCAAUUCAAUAUGAUGAAUGAAAUUUAUGAAAUACCACAAUCAAUAAUGCUUGGUUCUGGUGAGCAACUGUUUGAUCACAUAGCAGAAUGCUUAUCCCAUUAUCUGGAACAGCUUGGUCUUACCCACCGAACAUUACCUCUUGGAUUCACAUUCAGCUUCCCUUGUAUACAAAAAGGUUUGACCAGUGCAUUACUUGUUGGAUGGACUAAAGGCUUCAACUGCUCUGGCGUACAAGGUGAAGAUGUUGUACAGUUACUUCGAGCAGCAGUUAAACGUAGAAAAAAUGUUGAUAUUGAUGUUGUUGCUAUAGUUAAUGAUACCACUGGUACUUUAAUGUCGUGUGCACAUAAAAACAAGGAAUGCAGAGUUGGAUUAAUUGUUGGUACUGGGACAAAUGCUUGUUAUAUGGAGCGAUUGGAGAAUGUUGAAACUUGGACUGGUGAUCAUAAUCCUCCUAAGCAAGUCAUAAUUAACACUGAAUGGGGUGCAUUUGGUGACAAUCGUUGUUUAGAUUUCUUGAGAACAUCAUUUGAUCAUCAAAUUGAUGAAGUGUCUCUAAAUAAAGGAAAGCAAUUGUUUGAAAAAAUGAUAUCUGGAAUGUACAUGGGUGAAAUAGUUCGAAGAGUCUUGGUAAAACUUGCAGAUGAUGGUAUAUUAUUCAAAGGAAAGCUUUCAGAAAAAUUCAAGACUCCUUAUGCAUUUAAAACAAAAUAUGUAUCCAAUGUUGAAAGCGAUCCAAAACAUAAAAUGAAUGAAACAAUGACAGUUUUACAAAAAAUGGGCAUAACUGAUGCAUCUCAAGAAGACUGUGAAAUUUUAAAACUUGUAUGUGCUACUGUCUCUACACGAGCUGCACAUUUGGUCUCAGCUGCUGUAGCAACAAUACUGAAUAAGAUAAAGCGAUCUUACACAACUGUUGGAGUUGAUGGAUCUGUAUACAGAUAUCAUCCACAUUUUAAAGAGCUUAUGGAGAAGAAGAUUGAAGAACUGACCGACCCUAAUUAUAAGUUUGAUCUUAUGCUGUCCGAAGAUGGAAGUGGACGAGGAGCUGCAUUAGUAGCUGCAGUUGCUGUUAGAAGUGCAAAAUGAAUUAUGUUUAAAUGAAAAUAUUGAAAGUCUAGUUUAUAUAAUUUAUGCCAAAUGUUUUAUGAAUUUGUAAAAAAUAGUGGUUCCUUUCAAACAUUGUAAGCUUCUCUUUAAGGAGAAGUCAGCGUAUUGUGAUAUUAUUUUAAAAUAAGUUGGAUGUUUCUAAUGCUGCAUAUUUUUUAUAGAAGUAUUUGCAGCAGCAUAUAUAACUGGUGACUUGUGCAUCAAAAUAUGCAUUGCAGUCUCGGAAUUUUUUUUUUUUUUUAAUUCCAUCCAUGUGAGAUUGUGUAACUGUCAUUUGUUCAAGGGUUUAUUCUAAAAUCAAAUAACUUAUUCUGUCAACAUUGCAUUUAUUCGGUAUCGGGUGCUUUUAUGUGAUAAGCAUUUAAAAAUAUGCCUUUUAUUGUUAACUUUAUAUGAAACAGUAUUUUUUAAUUUCAUUUUUACUCUGUAAUGACGUUUGGCAUGAGACUUAUUACUGUGGCCGUGCUGUUUUAGACAUAUUGUAACUUUUUUAGCGAAUAGAUAAUUUUAUUCUUUGUAGAAUCUCAAUUUUUAGCACAUUUUUGUUACUAAAAUGUUUUUUUAAUUCUAGUAGCCAGUUUUUUGUGAUAUUUUAUUAGUUUUUUUAUUAACAAAUACCUAUAUAUAUAUAUAUUUAUUUAUAGAUAAUUGUUAAUGAAGUUUCACAGUUUAAUUUUUAUUUCCUGACAAGUUGUUAUUCUUGUUUCUCAUUUCCUCUUUUGGUUUAAGUUAUAAGUUGUUGCUAAAUGUGAAUCCCACCCCCCAAUUCAAUUGCUCUUAAAAAGUUAUAAAUGUUUCUCUCAAAGUUCUGUCAAAAUGUUAUACAUGUGCAAUAAUAAAUGUUUGCUCGUUUUCUCUUUGAAAUUUUUCUGAAAUUUUUAAAUGUUUCAGUGUAUUAAUUUCAUCUUGUUAAAUGUUGCAUCUGAAUAGUUGGAUAUGGUGUUGAUGAAAAGAUGUGUAUUUUAGCUUCAAAUUACCAAGCAUGUUUGUUCCUCAGUAUUUUGUUUUGCAUUGAAAUUAUUAGUUUCUAGAUUAAAUUUGGAAUUAAUUAUAGAAUAAAACUUGAAAAAUUUCAACAACUUAAUAGGUGUUAAUUUUUUUGUAAAUCUAAUAGCUAAGAUUUUAAACGUCACUGUGAAAAGAUUAGUAUUGUUGAAGUAUUGAAAGCAGAGUUUUCUGUAAUAUCUGAUUUGUGAUAUGUGAGCAGUAUGUUGUUAUGUGUAUGCAAUAAAAGGUUUGGAAUGUCAAAAA